GACCGGCAGACUCAUCCGGCAUCGUCACCCUCGUCCCCGUCGUCAUCGUCACCAGUGUCAGUGCGCUGAAGCCCCUCUAUCUCAUCGCCACAAGAUGCGGAGCCGAGCGGCCAGUCCGAAGAGAGAUAUCAUGCCGGCUUCCUGCUAUCAUGCCCCAUCCACAACAACUUGGUCUUCACACAAGUCACCUAUAACAACAAAAGCACGUCAUCAUGCUCGCAACAAGCUCCAUCGUGUUCGCACUCGCGGCUCUCGUUGCCGGACAGACCGUCAACACCUCACCAGAGAGCAACGUCGGUGCUGCUGUUGAGCCUUCCGCUGCGCUCUCCUUGCCCGUCGGUGGCACGUUCAACUUUGUCUACGACUCGCCCGCGGCUCUCGCCAAGGUCAUCGCCGCAACGAAUGCCACGGCAGCGGCAGCGAGCAACACGACCUGGCUCGCAUCGCUCGUCUUCCUCCAGCUGCAGCCCUCGGAUGGAUCAGACUCGACGACGAUCUUCAAGACUGACGUCACGCCCACGACGAACCAGGUGAACCAGACUGUCACGCUACCUGCUACUGCGGGCGCAGGCAACUACACCCUCAAUGCCUACGAGUCCAACCUCAUCCGCACACCCUUGUCGGCUCGCAUCCCGCUGGAGAUCACUGCAGCAUAG